GGCCGGGGCCGGGGCCGGGGCCGGCCGGGAGGGAGGGAGAGCAGGUCAGGUGCGGUCCGGUCCGGCGGGGUUCUGCGGAGUUCUGCGGGCGAGGGGAGUGGGUGAGGGCAGCCGAGGGCCCUCGGCGGGGCUGCGGGGAGGGUCCCCGGCGCCCGGCGGGGAGCGGCGUUUGGUGCAGCCGGGGCUGCCGCUGGCGGGAGCGGCCAUGGGCGGUGCGGCGGGGCCCGGUGCGGCCGCCCUGCGGGCGCUGCUGUCGGUGGCCGCCGGGCUGCUCGCCUGCGGCGUGGCGAGCGAGUACGACUAUGUCAGCUACCAGUCAGACCUGGGCCCUUACCCUGGCGGGCGUUUCUACGCCAAACCCCACCAGUGCGUGCCCAUCCCCGCCGACCUGCGGCUCUGCCACAGCGUGGGCUACGACAAGAUGGUGCUGCCCAACCUGCUGGACCACGAGACCAUGGCCGAGGUGAAGCACCAGGCAAGCAGCUGGGUGCCGCUGCUCAACAAGAAUUGCCAUAUGGGCACGCAGGUCUUCCUGUGCUCCCUGUUUGCCCCCGUGUGCCUGGACCGGCCGGUCUACCCGUGCCGCUGGCUCUGCGAGGCCGUGCGUGACUCCUGCGAGCCUGUCAUGCAGUUCUUUGGCUUCUUCUGGCCAGAGAUGCUCAAGUGUGACCAGUUUCCCCAGGAUGACGUCUGUAUUGCUAUGACAGCUCCCAAUGCCACCGAGGUCUCCAGGCCCAAAGGAACGACUGUGUGUCCCCCUUGUGACAACGAGAUGAAGUCAGAAGCCAUUGUGGAGCACCUGUGUGCCACUCUUAAGAUGACCAUAAAGGAAGUGAAGAAGGAGAACGGGGACAAGAUGAUCGUUCCACGGAAGAGGAAGGCACUGAAGCUGGGACCCAUCCGAAAGAAGAACCUGAAGAAGCUGGUGCUGUUCCUCAAGAACGGGGCAGACUGUCCCUGCCACCAGCUGGACAACCUCAGCCACUACUUCCUCAUCAUGGGCCGCCAGGUGAAGACCCAGUACCUGCUGACAGCCAUCUACAAGUGGGACAAGAAGAACAAAGAGUUCAAGAAGUUCAUGAAGAAGAUGAAAUCCCCUGAGUGCCCGACAUUUCCAUCCGUGUUCAAGUGACCUGCUGGUGGCAGGGGAGCUGCACUGGGCCUCGCUCUGGCUGCUCUGCAGCAGCAGGGCUGCUGGAGCCAAGCCCUGCUGCUCCUCCUGCUCCUCAGAGCUCCCUGGUGAUCUCAGCCCUCCCAGUCCCUGCUGCUGGCCUGGGCACGGGAUGCUCGUGCACCCAGAGGCGCUGAGGUCACACACGAUUUAUGUCUGCACUGUCUAAAUCCUGUCACUGUACAGAUGUGUACAGCAUUGGCACAGCAGCUGUCAGGUAAAGAGGGAAAGCACAGGGGAGUGAGGUGAUGUUAAGAGCUUGCAGAAGGGACCCUUGUGACCAUGUCACUCCUGUCUUCAUGGAUGCAGGAUUGCCCCAAAUUCCUGAAUGAGCCUGAGCUGGCUGGUUAGACAGAGAUCCCAUCUUCAUGAUCAAAGUUAAUAAAUGAGUAGUGGAGAACCCGUUACAACCUCUGAUAAGAAUUCCUAAUAGCUAAGUGCCCUCUCCUGUAAAAAUAUCCCAUUGUAGUCUUAACCUGCUUAGUUUAAGCCUUAAUCCUGGUUCCUCGUGGUGCCUUGAUGGUCUGGAGCCCUCUCUCACCAGCAUCUCUUGCAGUGUCUCCCUGGGUGCCUGCCUUGGCGCCAGCUGUGCCCUCUGGGCCAGUGCUGAGCUGCACCAGGUAGCCUUAGUGUCUGCACUGGUCCUGCUGUGUUGGUGCCCUGGGUGUGGGGACCUCUGUCCCUCCUGUGCCUUUGGCCUUGUGCAGGCCCUGCUCUCAGCAGUGUCCAGCUGGGGUCCCUGCCCUCAUCUGGCAGUUCCCAUGCACAGGUGCCCCGAGCUGUUGGUGCCCAGAGCUGCCACUCUGUGGUGAAUCCGUGCAGAGGUUCAGUGCUGGCCUGCCCAGGGCUGUGGCUCUGGGAGCUCAUGGCCAGCUCCUGCAGCUUGUGUCACUCCCUCACUUCACCAGUGAUGUUUUUAUAGCUCCUUUGGGCUGCUGGCAAAGUCCCAGAGUGCAGAAGGCCGAGGACCUGUCCCUGCAGAGCACUGCAGGCACUGCAUCAGCUCUGCCUUUCCCUCUGCUGUGGGACCCAUCAGUCUGGGGUUUGUCUGUUUGAUCUAUGACAACUUGGCUCUCUGUCAUUGUGUCUUUUUUGCUCUAAUCAAAAUGUCAUAUUUGUAUGAUUUCAAAUAGUUUUUCAAAGACAAAGAAUAUCUUACCCAAAUGAUUGCAUUUAUGGACCAAGCUGAAAUUCUUUAUUCUGUUAAUUGGACUAGUUAUCUUUUUCAUAGACCCAUACCACUCCAUAUUCAUUAUCUUUCCUCCUUCCAUUUUGUAUUCCCAUCCAUCACCAAUACUCUAAGAGAAUGAAUAUCUGAUGUCUGAGAUAAUCCUGUUGUACCACAGUUAAGAGAAAUAACAAAUCCUCAUUUUUGAGGUUUGAACCAAACCUGCUCAAAACUGGUAAAUUCAUUAUUCCUUAGCUUGGGAGUAGUGCUUAUUCCCCACAUGGGGACAGAGCCACGGACUUGGCUGUAGAAGAAUUCCAUUAACAUGCCAAGUACUCUGAGGAACGAUGUUUCACGGCUAACAGAGAGAUGGAUUUAGGAUGUGAACUUCGUAGAGUCCCUCUAGGUUGUCUUAGACCACCGUUUGUAGUAGUGUUGUUUGUUUAUUGCAAAAUUAAUCAUUGUAGAUAAUGUGCUUUAUUAGUGAAGUAAAGAAAUAAAUAAACCAUGGGCUUUAACAUCA